CAAAACCAGGAAGAUGUGAGAAGAUGGCGCAGGGACCUAGGCAGAGAUCAAAUAACAAUCAAGGAAUGAAUCUCAGCGGUGGAUUUCUUAGUGUUAUUCAGGGAGUUUUUAAUCAAAAUAAGCUUGUAACCGUUGACAAACGAACCAUAGAAAAGUCAUGGAAAUUAAUGGACAAAGUUGUGAAAAUGUGUCAACACCAUCGAAUGAAUUUAAGAAACAGUCCUCCCUUUAUUUUAGAUAUUUUACCUGACACAUAUCAGCAUUUACGGCUUAUUUAUAAUAAACAUGACGAUAAGCUACAUACCCUAAAUGAGUGUGAAUACUUCAGGAUUUUUAUCGAAAACUUAAUGAACAAGUGCAAAAACACAAUAAAAUUGUUCAAGGAAGGGAAAGAAAAAAUGUUUGACGAAACAACGCAUUAUCGACGAAACUUGACAAAGUUAAGUCUUGUGUUUUCACACAUGUUAGCGGAACUUAAAGCCAUAUAUCCAAAUGGAUCUUUCGCUGGGGAAAACUUUAGAAUCACAAAAAGUGAUGCAGCAGAAUGGUGGAAGAAAUCAUUUGGAGACAGGACAAUAGUUCCAUGGAGGAAUUUUCGACAGAGCUUGACCGAGGUCCAUCAGAUUUGUUCACCGCUGGAAGCCAUGGCUCUAAAAUCAACGAUCGACUUGACCUGUAACGACUUCAUUUCAUGUUUUGAGUUCGAUGUUUUUUCAAGACUGUUUCAACCUUGGUGCAAUCUAUUACGCAACUGGAACGUGCUAGCAGUCACCCACCCAGGCUACGUUGCAUUCCUAACAUAUGACGAGGUGAAGGCACGGCUACAAAAAUACGCCAACAAGCCGGGCAGUUAUGUGUUCCGAUUAAGCUGUACACGUCUCGGCCAGUGGGCAAUCGGGUACGUGACAGGAGACGGUCAGAUACUCCAGACCAUACCGCAGAACAAGUCACUCUGUCAGGCAUUGCUUGACGGGCAGAGAGAGGGAUUCUUCCUGUACCCGGAUGGUCGGGCCAUCAACCCGGACCUGAGCUACCUGGUGCAGGACUCCCAGGAGGACCACAUCCGGGUCACGCAGGAGCAGUACGAGCUCUACUGUGAGAUGGGCUCCACCUUCCAGCUGUGUAAGAUCUGCGCAGAGAACGACAAGGACAUCAAGAUAGAGCCGUGUGGACACCUGCUGUGUACGCCGUGUCUCACACAGUGGCAGGAUUCCGAGGGUCAGGGCUGCCCAUUCUGCCGCUGUGAAAUCAAGGGUACUGAGGCAGUGGUGGUUGAUCCAUUUGACCCGCGACUCACUUCCAGUCGACUCGACUGCUCCGGAAUUGGAUCCAGUAGCGUAGGAUCUUUAAACUCCGUUACCACUGUAACAAACAAUACAGACACUGAUGAAGUUGAGUAUUCUGAAGCAAAAAGUACUCAAAUAGAGUCGCAAAAUUUGCGUCGCAACAAUCUUCCGCCUCCUGUGCCCCCUCGUCACCUGGAACCACCGAAUCCUUCGCCAAAUGUGUCUCCGUCAUCAUCUCCAAAGCUGCCAAGGAGACAGUUGCCACCCACACCUGCUCAUAAUUUUGACAACAAACAUCUGGAGACUGGACCUUCACAAAAACCAGUCGUUGAAAAACAAUCAGAGACAGGUGUGUCGUAUGCGGAACUUCGAUAUGAGGUCCCAAUCCUUGGUAAUAAAACUGAGGGUGUGGAAAACGGCCCCCAGGUGGCAUUCCCAUUGGUCACAGCUGGUCAUGUGACCAACUCGGUAUCGGGUAGCCAUGGCAACCAACAGGCCGAGUCAUCAAGUGGCAGCCAUUUGCAGGGAGGCACUAUUUUCUCUGUGACAGGCAAUACAAAAUCAACUUUACAUCGAGUCCCCAGCGAGUAUGAUGUGCCCCCGCUACCAGCCCCCAGAGGCCGCAACACACCAACGCUAGACACAAAGCGGAUUCCGGAGGCAAGCAAUUCCACAGAGAUCCCUCUGCCUGUGCGCCGUGACCGCCUGCGUGAGAACCAGGAGGGCAACAAGGAGAACAGCAUAUUUGACAGUAUAAACGAGGAGCAUGUGAAUGAGCUCGUAAACAAGGGUUACGACAGGCUGAAAGUCAUGGAGGCGCUACGGGUCGCCAAAAAUAACAUCUCCAUGGCCCAGGAGAUUCUUGAGACGUUUGUGAAGUUGUCAUAGCGACCAAGAUGGUGAAAAAUCUGUGUGUGUGCGUGUGAACGCUUGAUACCAGGAAAUCUGUGUGUUAAUGCUUGAUAGCGAAAAUGUGUUUGAACGAUUGAUAGCAGGAAAUCUGUGUCUGAACGCUUGAUAGCGGGGAAUCAGUGUCUGGAACGCUUGAUAGCGGAUAUGUUGUACAAAUAGAUAUAAAGUGAUGUUGUUGGAGGAUGUAGUUGUAGAAGUGAUCUGUGCACUAACAAUUAUGUUGUUUUUUUGCUGGGUUAAUUUUGUUUUGUGGAUGGAACUAAUUAGGAAUGCCAACAGGAGUAUAUGAAACAUUAAUUUAUAAAUGUACUGAACCAUUUACAUACAUUCAAAUAUUUGCACAAUUUACCUCAUUUAUUAAUUGCAUAGGUUAAAAAAGAUCUUUCUUGUUAUGGUCAUUCUGGGUCAUCGUGAAAAAGAGUUGUUUUGACAUGGAAGCCCCACUCCCCAAAUAUUGUCAGACACAGAUGUUGUUCAGACAUCAAUUUGAAUGGACAGCUGACCUACUCAAAGAAAGGAAAUUUGAUGGCAAAAGGCUUUUUGUUUGGAGAAGCAUGGUUACAUGUUUAAAUUCUAUUUUGUUAUAAAUCCUAAAUCUACAAUUUCUUACAAAAUUAAUGUAAAUAAGGUUAUGCUCAAACUUAGUUUGAUGAAAAUUUGCUUUUUUUUCAUUCAAAUUUUUGGUUUUCAUAUCUAUGUGAAUUAGACCUUUUAUUUUAUGCUUUCUGGUGGUUUAUAGAGAAAUAGCAGUGAAUUAAAACUGAUUAUUCACUAUUUCAAACAGUGAAAAUUAUCGAUAAUUUUUAUUGUUUUACCGGAACUAUUUUUAUAUAUGUGUGGUUCCCUGUUGUGACCCCUAAUUUUACCGAGGCGACUACUCUUCAAUGAAUCUUUAUAACAACUUACAGAUUAGCUUCCCUUGAACAAACAUGUAAUGACAUGUGGGGUGCCCAAAAGGAAAUUAGCAGAAAUACAAUCAUUUGUAAGCAUAAAAUAAAAAGAAAAUGUGUUGUAUUUGGUGGGAUAUCGAUUUCAAUUCACUCAUGAUCAUAGAAAAAAUAUAUUUUACAUGAUCACUUGUGAAUUAAAAUCGGUUUUCCACCAAAUCCAGUAAAAAUCCUCUAUUUAUUAACAAGGGUUACAGGUGUUAACAUACAUGGUUAUGAUUCAAAAUAGAUGCCUAAAAGUUAACAGUGUUUUUUGUUCAAAUUCGGGGCUAGUAUUGGGCCCCAAUCCCAAUAGAAACAAGUAAACCUUUUUUGCAAAUGGGACCAUAAAAUUCCCUAAUAAAGGUUUCCCCCCAAAAAAAUUAAGCAUUUGUAAGCAAAACAACAAUAAUAAUUUCCAAAUUUAAGUCAAAACGCCUCCAUUUUUCCCAAUGCAAAGAGAUCCAGACCCAUUGGUGAAAUAAACCAUUGUUAAGAUCAUCAUUGCAGAUAAAAAUAAACUCUGAGGGUGAAAAAACUUUCUCUUGGACUUCCAAGUAAAUGAUAAUAAAUAGUUGGAAUAAUGUUAAGGUUGCAUGUGAGAAAAAAUAGUUUGUUGAAGUGGUCAGUUUACAUUCAUUGGUGUUUUUGAUGUGUGUUUUGUCUUCAUUGUUACAAAGAUGUGAAGUUUCAAAUUUAUUGUAUGAAAUGCUAUAAAUUGUAAAUAAAUAUAUUUUGUUAUAUGAAAAUAUAUAAUAUAUUAAGUAUGUUGUUACCUGUAUUUCUUUCCUAUUUGUCACAUAUUUGUUUUAUAUGCUGUAGUAUUGUAACUUAUUCAAAAUAAUAUUGUUGAUCAUUUUACAUUGUACAUUCUCCUUAAGAUUUUUUUGUUUUUGUUGUCUUGUUGUCAACUUCUUUCACUGCAUUUAUAGUCAUACCAUUGCUGACUUGUUAAUAUACAAAAAUAUCAAAUGUCCAGAACGUUUCAAUCAUCAUUAAAUUUGCUAAACUGCUUACUUGGUUACAUGUAAAUGAAUUAAUAAGGGUUUUGCAGUUUGGUUUAGUAUUAAUUAUUUGAUCUUUCACCUGUUGAUAUGUUUGUAAAGUUCAUAAACUAGUUCCGUGAUUACUGUAAGUUUUCGGGCACUAAAUUUUCGGACACCUCCUUUUUUGGCCAAAAUAAUUAUUUUUCGUGUCUCAUAAUUUUGUGACAUGCACAUUUUUGUUUAUCAUUAAUGACUCUAAGUUUUCUGACAGUAUAUUUUACAGUGCUAUUUUAACAGAUUUCGGCACUGUAUUCAGGAAUCUUGUUACACUUUUAUUAUGAUGGAUUUUUACAAAUAUAUUAAGGUAAUUAAACCUUGGAGACGCAUGCCUUAGGGCCAUGGACCAUAACAUUUGCAUAAAUAACCAUGUAGAAAACUCCUGCUUCACCCAAAAGCAUUUUAAAUGAUAUCUUCCUUUUAAGGAAGCAGUACUAUUGUGCAUUGAGUUAUUGAUUUUAUUUCAAUAUAAUUAUAAUUUUUGGACAUUUAAUUUUUGUCUCUAAGUUUUCGGACACCUGUACUUUUGAAUAUUUUCGGUCUCUAAAUUUUUGGACUCAAUCUUUUUUAUUAUUUUUGAGUAAUUCAGUACCGUUAAACUUUUUUGCAUGUAAGCAUGUAAGAAGGUGUACUCAAGGGUCUUAUGACAUUUUUAUUAGCAUAUUUGAAAUGAGUCUCUGGAAAAAAACAGGGUAAUAUGCAUGUUGGAAAAGUGUUAUCCCAGAUUGGCCUGUGCAGUGCAUGGACUGCACGUGCUAAUCAAAGACGACACUUUAUGUACAUGCAUUUAACCCCUUGAGCGAGAAUCAAACGUGUAGUACCAUCAACAAGUUUCAAUAUUUGGUACAUGGCAGGGUCUGUGUAAUUUUGCUUCCAUGGCUGAUCUGUUUUGUUUUCAAAAGAUGAACGUUAAACAUACAGGUGACAUUGGCAGAUGAAAUGAAGAAAUGAAACCUGAGCUGGGUGUUUUAAAGCUCCUUAGAGAAACUUAGAUUGCUUUUAAAUAAAAUUUUCAAAUUUUAAAGAUAUCUAGGAAAUGUUUGUACAUAGUUCCUUAAAAGCUUUGGGACUGUGGUCCAAGGUAUUGGAAUUUAUCGGGAGAGAUAAUGUGUUCACAUUUUAUUAAAUGUGGGUUGAAUGUGAAGAAAUUCAUGUCAGUUUAGGUCAGAGUAACUGAUUCCUAGACAUGGAAGUUUGAAGCUUGUUAACACUUCUGCUGGGCAGAGUAAGUGAUUGUGAUAAAAUGUGCUUGAAAAGUUAUAUGAAAACAUACCUGAACAGACUGUUAAGUCAUUUGCCAAAAAAUAUUCCAUUACAAUCAUGUGUUUAAAUCUUCAGUAGUUUGCAUUUUCAUUUCCGUGAAAACAAGUUGAUCUGUGUAAUGUGUAUGGGCAAUAAAUCGCACACUAUUUAGUAUUUGACUCCACAAGUCAGGAUGCUCUUGAUUAUACUUGCUACAACAGUGAUCAAUAAAAAUGCCUUCUGCAAAUGAGCUUUGAUUUCCAUUUGCUGAAUAAUCAUUAUUAAGACUCAAUUGUACUUAAAAUAUUUAUUUUCUUUGGGGGGUCUUAAACCCUCCACCACUUAGAUAAGUAUUUUCACGCAUUUAAGUCCCUUAGAAAGUUAUAUUUAAUUAAAGACCUUUCUUACUAGAUUCAAUUAUUAAAUCUUUAAUUUUCCAACCCUUAGAUACUGAUAAGCAUCAAACAGCAUAAAACCUGAAUAGACUGCGAGUUUCUUGCAGGCUGUUCUGGUUAUAUGCUGUUUGCACAUGGGCAUUUUCACUUUGCUUCUAAGAGGGAAAGGGUUCAUUCUAUUUCUUGCCAUAUGAGUUUUUGGAUAUUUAACGAUCCAAAAUUUAAGUCCCAACUUCAAACUUAAAUAUAAACAAAUUAAAACAUUUUUAAUAUUGGAGUGUAUUAGAGGUAGUUUGAUUUUAAUGUAGUCAUUUUCAUAUUGCUUGUUCUCUGUUGCAUCAAUUUCAUCAUUCUAGUAGUUUGACAUAUCGGUAAGUGUCAAUUAUGAAUAGCUUCCUCAGAGUUGUUGCCCUUAGAUUAAUCAAUUUAUGUCGAGGAGUUGUUGCCCUUGGAUUAACCAUUUUAUGUAGAGGAGUGGCGUGUAUUUAGGCUGGACUGUUGUUGGUACAAUGUGGUUAAGGAUUUAAUAAAAUUUUCAUACAAGCAUAAUAUUGGAUUAACUGGCAUAAAUGUUAUGUAAGUGUUUCAAUCUUUUGUUAUAACUUGUGUGUAUAUAAUGAUUGGGUGAACAUGAAAAAAAAAAAGAUUAUCUGACA